UGCCUGGGCGAAGCGUUGCUGAGCGGUCACAGCCACGAAAUAGCCAGCCCGUUCCGCCGGUCCCGCGAUCCGUUCGGUUUUGCCCAGCGAUAGCCACCGGUUUUCAGCUUUAUUGGCCCUGCUGGUGUGCUUUUGCUGUGUUUUUCGUGAUUCGCUUGGUUUUAUUUACUUUUUAUUUUUGUGCUGCUUUAUUUUCUGUGCUGUUGUUCUGUGCUGUAUUGUGCCGCGCCGAGCCUGAUUGCCGAUUCUCAGUGCUCGACGCACUCAAUAAACAUCGUCCGCACGUAUACGUAGUCCCUUAUCAGAGACCGAAAAAGGUCGUGUCAAAGGUGCGUCCGAUAAGGAGGACAGCGGAAAGUGGACAGUGGUCACUGCUGACUGAAGAUGACCUCGGCGAGAGGGAACUUCCUUCUGGGCCUCCUGGUACUGGCAACCUCCGCCCAGCUUACAGUCGGGGAUGAGGGCGAUCCGUGCACGGUCAAGUCGGACAUUCCGGGAAUCUGCCGCGCCUCCUCGGCCUGCAACAACAUCGAAGGAUACCUCAGGUCGGGGGCGCUGUCCACCAACCAGGUGCCGAGCUGUGGCUUCGGGGCGCGCGAGGAGAUCAUCUGCUGCCCCACCGUCGCCUGCUGUCCCACUGACCGAGCUCCCGAGGUCCAAGUCCCUGCCACGAGCUCCGAGCGCAGCAGGCUACCGGAUCCAGAUCUAGAGCCGGAGCCGGAGCCGAAGCCGAGGCCACUGCCUCCCACGACCACCGAACGGGCGAAGGUUAGGGAAUCUCGACUGGACGACAACCAAAACUUUUUCGACUUCAAUAAGCUCCUUAGCACCACGGUCAAGCCACAGAAAACCCACGAGUCCCUAAAGAUGCCCACCCACCAGUCCAUGAAUAAGCCAACACACCAAUCCAUGAGUAUGCCAAGCCACCAAUCCAUGAAUAUGCCGAGCCACCAAUCCAUGAAUAUGCCGAGCCACCAAUCCAUGAAUAUGCCCAUCCACGGGUCCAUGCCCACCCAAGAGCCCAUUCAGAACGUGGGCGCUUGGGGCAUCGCUCCUCCGAAAACUACACCCACAGCAAACACGCAGAGACCCUGGAUGGAGCCGCAGUGGGGCUGGGAAAACCGUGAGCCGCGGAUUGUAAACCGCCCAUUGACCACGCCCCGCUCGAGACCGCAAAAGCCGCAGAAUCCUGAUCCCGGCUCUAGUAACAGCAAUCUCAUCCACUUGGUCAACGAUCGACUGCGGCUGCAGGGAAUGGAGAUCGAGCCGGCUCGGGAAGUCCCCAUGGAGCCCCAAGCGCCGCCUGCGCCCUCGCCUACGCCCACUCCCAUGCCCUCGACAGUGAUGGAUCCUUUCGAGCCCUACCGGUUUCGGGGCCAGGACAGGGUCGUGGAUCCCCAACCGGAGCCUUGGCAGGAGCCCAGCAACGACCUGGACGAGGCACCGAGUCCCAGCACCUUUACUUCAGCCGAGUUGCGUUCGACGACGCCCAGCACCAGUCCCUCACGCGUCAAUGUCCCGGAUAAUGAGCGACCAGCGGCGUUAGCCUGCGCGAGGAUCCGGUCCGGCGACAGGCCCCUAACGGUGCACAUCCUGGGCGGCACACCCGUGGACCUGGGGGUCUAUCCUCACAUGGCGGCCAUCGCGUACAACACCUUCGGAACCGUGGAGUUCCGCUGUGGAGGAUCGCUCAUCGCCAGCCGCUUCGUCCUCACGGCCGCCCACUGCGUCAACAGCGACAGCACUACACCAGCCUUCGUCCGCUUGGGUACGGUGGCCAUCGAGAACCCCACGGCGGGCUUCCAGGACAUCAGAGUGGUUGCCACCCAGAUUCACCCGAACUACACCAGCAGUAGCAAGUACAACGACAUCGCCAUCCUGGAACUGGCCGAGGAUGCCAGGGAGUCCGACACCAUUCGUCCUGCCUGUCUCUACAUAGAUCGCGCCAGUCCACCCAUUGACUCGAAAGUUUUUGUCGCCGGCUGGGGCGUCAUGAAUGUGACUAAUCGCGCCAGGUCGAAGAUCCUGCUGCGGGCUGGCCUGGACCUGGUGCCGGUGGACAAGUGCAACGCAUCCUUCGCCGAGCAGCCGAGCACCAUCCGGGCCUUGAAGCAGGGCGUGAUCGAUUCGCUGCUGUGCGCGGCGGACAGGAACCAGGUGAAGGACGCCUGCCAGGGCGACUCCGGGGGACCGCUCAUACUGGAGACGGACCCGGUGGACAACUUGUACUCGAUCCUGGGCGUGAUCUCCUCGGGCUUCGGCUGCGCCACCAAGACCCCGGGCCUCUACACACGAGUCAGCUCCUUCCUGGACUACAUCGAGGGCAUUGUGUGGCCGGCGAACCGGGUGUGAGGAGUCUCUUGAUCUGCAAUAAACUUAGUUUGAACGGAA